UUCUAUCUCCCUGCACUCUGUGCUGGGAAAAUGCAUCAUCCAUUUGGAGAAGAGGAAACUGCUUCUCAGAAGCAGCUUUUUGGAUUUUUCUGUGAAUGCCUUCGGAGAGGAGAAUGGGAGUUGGCACAGGCAUGUGUACCUCAGCUACACGAGGCCCAAGGGGAUAUCCCAAAUAAGGUGGAAGAUAUACUUCAGGCGCUGGUCAUGUGUCCCAGUCAGCUGAGAUGUGGACAGGAUAUCAACCCUCAAAGAUUAGCCUGGGUCUGGCUUCUUGUACUGGAAAAAUGGUUGGCCCUGGAAAAGAAGUUACUUCCAGCUGGCUUCCGGAGAAAACUUGAGUUUCUUUUAUUGUCAGAAGACCUCCCAGGUGACAUCCCAGAGGACAUCCUCAAGGAGCUGUACACGGUCUUAGCACAAGAUGCAGCAGACCCUGUGCUUGAUGGAAAUCAGAGGCAAGAGAGCUGGCCCCCUUGGCUCAGCUCAGAAGCUGUCUCUCUGCUCUGGGAUCUCCUGCGGGAGGCCCCUCAGCCCGCGCAGGCCCUGCUGGAGCUCCUGCUUGGGGAGGAAGAUGGCAUGGGCCUCCAAGGCUGGCUCUUGCAGAAGGCGCUGGUGGACCUCAUUCGAAAGGCACUGCGAGCUUUGCGGGAUCCUGCCGUCAGGCACCCAGGGGCAGUCGAUGCCAUCUACGGAGCCCUGCGGACUCUGCGCUGCCCUGCAGAGCCGCUCGGGGCUGAGCUGCAUCUCCUGUGUGAGGAACUGCUGGAGGCCAGCAGGUCGGAGGGGAGUCCCCUGCGGGAGGAGCAGCUGCUCGGCUGCCUGCUGCACAAGGCCGGGCGGGGCCUGGUGUCCCUGUAUGGCCACACCUAUGCAGAGAAGGCCCCAGAAAAGCCACCGACCACCACACCCUCUGGAAAAGUCUCACCGGCUCAUCUGGAUCCUGAGCGGGCAAUGCUAGCCUUGUUCUCCAAUCCUGACCCAGCCCAGGCUUGGAAAUUGGCCUAUUUCUACUGCCUGAGCAACAGCAAGCACUUCCUCGAGCAGAUCCUGGUGACAGCACUCACCCUGUUGAAGGAGGAAGACUUCCCAAGUCUUGGCUGCCUGCUAGAUAGAGAAUUCAGCCCUCUCAGUCGACUGCUCGUGCUCCUGGGCUGGACACACUGCCAGAGCCUAGCGUCAGCCCAGAGGCUGCUCCAGACACUCCACAGGACCCAGGACCAAGGCUGUGAUAAGCUCCUCAGGGAUGCCUGUGAUGGGCUGUGGGCUCACCUGGAGGUCCUGGAGUGGUGUGUGCAGCAGAGCAGCAACCCCAUACCAAAGAGAGAUCUCUUGUGUCACUUACAUGGUGGAGAAAGCCACUCAGUGCUCUACUCUCUCCAUCACCUUACAAACCUUCCAGCCCUCAGGGAGGAAGAUGUCCUCAAGCUCCUACAGAAGGUGCCAGCCAAGGACCCCCAGCAAGCGCAUGAUUCAACUGACGCCACGGUCCCUGUGCACCUGAGCCGGUGUCAGAACCUGACACUCUACCGGAGCUUCUGUGCCAUGAAGUAUGCCAUCUAUGCCCUCUGUGUGAACUCACACCGGCACUCCCAGUGCCAGGAAUGCAAAGAGGGUCCCUCAGAGGACCUGGCCAUGGCUGCAGAGUCAGUGAAGGAUUCUCUCUCCUCCCCAGGUGCUUCAGAUCUCUUUUCAACAUACCUGGCCAGGUGUCAACAGUAUCUGUGCAGUAUUCCUGACUCUCUGUGCCUGGAACUUCUAGAAAACAUCUUCUCAUUGCUCCUUAUCACCUCUGCUGAUCUUCACCCAGAGCCUCACCUGCCCGAGGACUACGCUGAGGAUGAUGACGCUGAGGGGAAGGGCCCGUCGGGUUUGAGGUCCCCGUCAGAGAGCCCUCAGCACAUAGCACAGCCUGAGAGGAGGUCAGAACAGGGUUCGCUGGGGGCCUCCAGGAGCCUGGCCUACACAGUUCCAAGCUCUCUGAAGGCAGAGCCAAAAGACAGUUCCCCAGAGCCUCACAGGCACAGCUUUUUGGACCUAAAGCACUUUACUAGCGGUAUCAGUGGGUUCCUGGCUGAUGAAUAUGUAAUAGGGGCCUUCCUCAGGCUGCUCCAGGAGCAGCUGGAUGAGCUAAGCAGCCGCAGCACCCCCGAGAAGCCAAAGCAGCUUGAAGGCCAGAGUGGCUUGGGCACCAGCAGCAGAGACGGACUGCAGAGCCGCCUGCACCAGUUCUCCAAGGUUCUCUCUGAGGCCCAGUGGAGGUACAAGGUGGUGACCAGCAACCAGGGCUCAGAGGAGCAACCCUCCCGAAGAUACCGGCCCAUCGCCACGUGGCACCCCAGUCUCCGCCGGGGUCGUCGGACAAGAAGGAGCCGGGCAGAUGGCCGGGAUAGAGGUUCCAACCCAUCCCUGGAAAGUACAAGUGGUGAGCUGAGCACAAGUACUUCAGAGGGAAGUCUGAGCACUGCAUCUGGGAAGAAUGAGCUGGAUGGCCGGUUGCAGCCUCAACCUCAAAGUUCACUCAUCCACAUGAUGUUCUCCCCACCUGAGUCACUGCUGGCAUCCUGCAUCCUCCGGGGGAACUUCGCAGAAGCCCAUCAGGUGGUGUUCACAUUCAACCUGAAAUCCUCGCCCAGCUCCGGGGAGCUGCUGUUCAUGGAGCGCUACCAGGAGGUCAUCCAGGAGCUGGUCCGAGUAGAGCACAAGAUCGAAAACCAGAACUCGGACGGGGGUACUGGCACCAUCCGAAGAACAGGCAGCGGCCGCUCAACUCUGCAGGCCAUUGGCAGCGCUGCAGCCGCAGGGAUGGUAUUUUACUCCAUCUCUGAUGUGACCGACAAGCUGCUCAGCACCUCGGGAGACCCCAUCCCCACACUCCAGGAGGACUUCUGGAUAAGCAGUAGCCCACUGGAGCCCACUGCCCCCCUGAGAGAGGUUCUGGAAGACCUCAGCCCCCCCGCCAUGGCUGCAUUUGACCUGGCUUGCUCUCAGUGCCAGCUCUGGAAAACCGGCAAGCAGCUCUUGGAAACUGCUGAACGGCGCCUGAACAGCAGCCUUGAGAGUCGGGGUCGCCGGCUAGACCACGUAUUCCUCAGUGCUGAUGGCAUUCGAGGUUUUCCAAGCGUUCUUCAGCAGAUCAGUAAGAUUCUCAAUUACCCACUUCUGUCAGCCGGACAAAUCAAAUCAGAGAGUGUAGAGGAAAAGGGGGGAGGUCCCCCACGGUGCAGCAUUGCUGAGCUGCUUCAGAUGUGUUGGCCCAGCCUCACCGAGGACUGUGUCGCUAGCCACGCUACCCUCUCCCAGCAGCUGGAGCAGAUCCUUCAGUCACUGAGAGAAGCACUACAGCUGCCAGAGCCCAGGAGUACUCCACUCACCUCCCUGGUGGAGCAGGUGGCCGAGAAAGCUCUGGAGGCAGAGGCCCACCCUGUGUAUAUCCAGACUCAGCUCCUCCAGAAGAACCUGGGCAAACAGAUGCCAGCAGGCGGCAGGCAGACUGACUACAUGGGCACCUUCUUCAGGUACUGCAGCACCCUGGCUGCUGUUCUCCUGCGGAGUUUGAGCUCUGAGCCUGAUCACAUGGAGGUCAAGGUGGGAAACCCCUUUGUUCUCCUGCAACAGAGCUCUUCCCAACUGGUGUCACACCUCCUGCUUGAGCGACAAGUUCCCCCAGAGAGGCUGGCAGCCCUUCUGGCCCGAGAGGGUCUCAGCCUGAGUGUGCCACAGGUCAUUGUCAACUGCUGCUGUGAGCCCCUUGCCCUUUGCUCUUCCCGUCAGAGCCAGCAGACAUCAUCCCUUCUGACCCAGCUGGGCAUUCUGACCCAGCUGCAUACCUCCCACUGCCUGGAGGACCUCCCACUUUCUACACUGAGCUCCUCAAAGCCAACUGAGAAUCCCACGCUGGAGAGAAAGCCCCCCUCCUCCCCGAGGGAUUCAUCAGGCCCAGCCCUCACCUCUUCUGCCUUGGCCUUCCUUAAGUCCCGCUCAAAGCUGCUGGCUACCGUGGCCUGCCUGGGGGCUUCCCAGGGGUCAAAGAUCACCAAGCCCAGCUUGUCUUGGAAGGAGCUUCGUGGCCGCAGGGAGGUGCCUCUGACUGCAGAGCAGGUAGCCCAGGAGUGUGAGCGCCUCCUGGAACAGUUCCCUAUGCUUGAGGCCUCCCUCCUAGCUGCCUGGGAGCCCAUACGAGGGUCCUCCAUGCAGGGGCAGAGUCUGGCAGCGAGUCUCUGCGGCCGGGCCAGUCUCUCUACCGUCCUCCUGGGCCUGCAUUCUCCCAUAGCCCUGGAUGUGCUCACCAAGGCCUUCGAGGAAGCCCUGGUGGCCAGAGAUUGGCACCGGGCCCUUCAGCUCACUGAAGUGUACGGGCGAGAUGUGGACGACUUGAGCAGCAUACAGGAUGCGGUCCUGAGCUGUGCUGCGGCAGGUGUCAAAGAAGGUUGGCAGUACCUGUUUGCUGUGAAGGAUGCAUCUCUGAGAAGUCGGCUAACACUGCAGUUUGUGGACCGGUGGCCCCUGGAGUCAUGCCUGGAGAUACUGGCCUACUGCAUUUCAGACACAGCUCUCCAAGAUGGGCUGGAGUGUGAGCUACAGAGAAAGUUGGCAGAGCUGCUGGUGUAUCAGAAGAUUCUCGGUUUGCAGGCUACCCCCAUGUGGUGUGACUGGCAGACCCUGAGGAACUGUUGUGUCGAGGACCCAUCAACUGUCAUGAAUGUGAUUCUAGAAGCCAAGGAGUAUGAGCUGUGUGAGGAGUGGGGCUGCCUAUACCCCAUUGCAAGAGAACAUUUAAUCAACCUACAUCAAAAGCAUCUUCUCCACCUUCUAGAAGGAGGCGAUCAUGAAAAGGCUCUGCAACUCCUGCGAAGAAUUCCUGACCUCACCAUGUGCCUUGAGGUCACAGAGCAGUCCCUCGACCGGCACUCUAGCUUGGCCACCUCACACUUCUUGGCCAACUACCUCACCACCCACUUCUAUGGAGAACUGACCGCUGACCGACACCGUGAAAUCCAAGCACUGUACAUGGGAUCCAAGGUCCUGCUAACCCUGCCCGAGCAGUAUCGGGCCAGCUACUCCCACUUGUCCUCUAACCCCCUGCUCAUGCUGGAGCAGCUGCUCAUGAACAUGAAAGUGGAUUGGGCCACCAUGGCUGUGCAGACUCUGCAUCAGCUGCUGACUGGCCAGGAGAUUGGCUUCACCAUGGACGAGGUGGACUCGCUGCUUUCCAGAUAUGCAGGAAAAGCCCUGGACUUUCUGUACCCUCUGCGGGAGAAACGCUCAGAUCCUGUGAUUUACCUCCAGGAACUUGUCAGUCCGGCUUCAGACCUCGAGACCUUGUCUAGGUCACCGUCAGCGGAGUUCUCUUCUGUUGCUGCUCCUGGUGUCUCCAUUGUGCAUUCCCCCAGUCCGAGGGAGAGGAGCUUCCCACAGAGUCAGCCGCCACUGGAGUUUGUGCCCCCAGCAACGCCCCCUGCCAGGCACCAGUGGGUACCGGAUGAGAGUGAGAGCACCUGCAUGGUCUGCUGCAGGGAACGCUUCACCAUGUUUAACAGGCGUCAUCACUGUCGCCGCUGUGGUCGGCUAGUGUGCAGUUCCUGCUCCACUAAGAAAACGGUGGUGGAAGGCUGCAGAGAGAACCCUACUCGCGUGUGUGACCAGUGCUAUAGUUACCUCAACAAAGAUGCGCCAGCGGAGAAUCCAGGACAACCAGGAGCACCAGACAGCCACAAGAGCGAAAGCCCUCCAUACUCAGCUGUGGUGGGAGUCCCCAAAGCAGCUGAGGUGGAAUGGAUUUUGGAUCUGAAUGAGGAGGAAAACGAGCUGGUGCGGAGUGAAUUUUACUAUGAGCAGGCCCCCAGCGCCUCCUUGUGUAUCGCCAUCCUGAAUCUGCACCAGGACAGCGUUGCCUGCGGCCACCAGCUGAUUGAGCACUGCUGCAGGCUGUCCCAGGGGCUCACCAACCCGGAGGUAGAUGCGGGGCUUCUCACAGACAUCAUGAAGCAGCUGCUCUUCAGCGCCAAGAUGAUGUUUGUCAAGGCGGGCCGGAGCCAGGAUCUGGCUCUUUGUGACAGCUACAUCAGCAAGGUAGAUGUGCUGAAUAUUUUAGUUGCUGCUGCCUAUCGCCACGUGCCAUCUCUGGAUCAGAUCUUGCAACCAGCCGCAGUAACCAGGCUAAGGAACCAGCUUUUGGAAGCUGAGUACUACCAACUGGGCGUUGAGGUCUCCACAAAGACUGGCCUUGAUACCACCGGGGCAUGGCACGCUUGGGGCAUGGCCUGCCUCAAAGCUGGGAACCUCACCGCCGCACGGGAGAAGUUUAGUCGCUGUCUGAAGCCCCCUCUCGACCUCAAUCAGCUGAGUCAUGGCUCAAGACUGGUACAGGAUGUGGUUGAGUACCUGGAGUCCACAGCAAGGCCACUUCUAUCCGUGCAAGAUGAUGAUUACUUGGCCACCUUGAAAGAGCUGGAAGCUACCCUUCGGACCCAGAGCCUCUCUCUGGAGGUGGUUCCUGAAGGGAAGAUCAUGAACAACACCUACUACCAGGAAUGCCUCUUCUACCUGCAUAACUACAGCACCACCCUGGCCAUCAUCAGCUUCUACGUGAGGCACAGCUGCCUGCGGGAAGCCCUGCUGCACCUCGUCCACAAGGAGAGUCCCCCAGAAAUCUUCAUAGAAGGCAUCUUCCAGCCAAGCUAUAAAAGUGGGAAGCUACACGUUUUAGAGAACUUGCUAGAAUCCAUUGAUCCAACCUUGGAAAGCUGGGGAAAGUACUUGAUUGCCGCCUGCCAACAUUUACAGAAGAAGAACUUCUACCACGUUCUGUACGAGCUACAGCAGUUUAUGAAGGACCACAUCCGGGCCGCCAUGACCUGUAUUCGGUUCUUCAGUCACAAAGCAAAGACAUAUACAGAGCUGGGAGAGAAGGUCUCUUGGCUGCUUAAGGCCAAGGACCACCUGAAGAUCUACCUCCAAGAAACCUCCCGCCGUACUGGAAGGAAGAAAACCACCUUCUUCCGAAAGAAGAUGACGGCAGCUGAUGUGUCAAGGCACAUGAACACACUUCAGCUGCAGAUGGAAGUGACCAGGUUCUUACAUCGCUGCGAAAGUGCUGGGACCUCUCAGAUCACCCCCUUGCCUCUGCCAACUCUGUUUGGAAACAACCACAUGAAAAUGGAUGUUGCCUGCAAGGUCAUGCUAGGAGGGAACAAUGUAGAAGAUGGUUUUGGAAUUGCAUUCCGUGUUCUGCAGGACUUCCAGCUGGACGCUGCCGCAACCUACUGCAAAGCCGCCCGGCAGCUGGUGGAGAGGCAGAAGUACAGCGAGAUCCGACAGCUGCUCAAAUGUGUCAGCGAGUCAGGCAUGGCGGCCAAAAGUGACGGGGACACCAUCCUCCUCAGCUGCUUGGAAGCAUUCAAGAGAAUUCCACCCCAGGAGCUGGAGGGCCUGAUCCAGGCGAUGCACAGUGAUGACAGCAAGGUUCAGGCCUACCUGACGUGUUGCAAGCUGCGUUCUGCCUACUUGAUCGCCGUGAAGCAAGAACACUCACGGGCCGCGGUCCUUGUCCAGCAGGUGCAGCAGGCCGCCAAGAGCAGUGGGGACGCAGUAGUGCAAGACAUCUGCUCCCAGUGGCUUCUGACGAGCCACAGCCGGGGUGCCCAUGGCUCGGGCUCCAGGAAGUGA